CGCCCCGCUCUGCCCCGGGCCUGGAGGCCGGCAUUACAUAACGGCACCGGAGCGAGCAGCUGCAGCAUCCCAGCAUGCGGAUUAGGGAUUACGUUGAUUCAGCAGAUUGUCCUGUGCAUGUCUGAGAAAGAUUACACCAGCAGAGUUAAGAAUACCCGUUUGCUGUGAGCAAAGUGGAGCUGUGAGCCACCUUUGGGUGGGGACCUUGCUGUACAGCCCAGUGUCACAGGGAGCUGCCAGUUCUCAUUGUCCUGUAUGGACAGGACAGGUAAAAAGCUAGAGAAGCCACCUGAGGUCCCAUGAAAACCAGAACCAGCUGCUUAUAAAGUGCUGUUGCCUCUGACCAAGAACAAAAAUUGGUGUGGGAAUAAUAUGCGAACAGAUCAUGAAGAACUCUGUGGCACCAGUUAUGGAUCUUUUUGUCUAAAUGGAGGGAUUUGUUAUAUGAUUCCUACUGUAUCCAGUCCAUUCUGCAGGUGUGUUGAGAAUUACACAGGAGCUCGUUGUGAAGAAGUUUUGCUGCCCAGCAUCAAAUCCCAAACAAAAGGUGACCUGUUUGCAGCUUUCUUGGCUUCCCUUCUUCUUCUAGGAGUUCUUGUAAUUGGAGCAUUCUACUUCUUUUGCAGGAAAGUUUCCAUUCCAAGGACAAGUUCUUCAGAGUGUGGUGCCAACCUAGUUGAAACUACAAGCAGCAAUGGCUGCAACAAAAUAACAACAGCCUAAAGCAUUAGAGUGGAAGAAUGAUGGAGAAACAACAUGCAGAGCAACCCUAAGAAUCUAAAUUGUAGAGGGUGACAUGGUAAGCAAGAUGAGAGAAGAAAGUUGACUGAAACAGGAGGCUGACAUAUUGGAGAAGACAUCUAAGACUUAAACAGUUGCACUUAAUGGAGUUUCUAUGUACUUUUAAAACUGUCAAUUAUACAGAAAUCACUGUAAUUUAUGUUUGAAUUCUGUGAGAUUUUUUUAUGCUUUUCAGUAAUGCACACCUAGAUGCAUGAGAUAAUCUUGGGUUUUACUACAUGGGAAAUAAAAAAAAUACAAUUUUUUUUCACUGCA